AUGGGGGGAGCGAGUUCAUCGCUGAGGCUGGUAGGCGCGCUGCCAUCGGACGUGCAUGGGAUGAUGUACGAGCACCUGAUCUCUCCGCGCAACCUUGUGUGGACCAUGGACGAUGCUGCGGUGACCGCGGGGAUGCUGAUCUCGGUGUGCAUGGAUGUGCGGGAGGGCUUUGCCCGUGGGCUAUGGGCGAGGCUGAGGAGUGUGUUGCCUUGUCCUCGGGGGCAGCAGCACGGAGUUGUGGAUAUGAGGGGGUUUAUCCGUGAGGUCGGGAUCAAGCGGGUCCGUGGAGGGUCCUCUCUUGAUGAGAGGGUUGUGUCGUAUUUCGAGGAGAGGCCCGAUAUGCUGAUGAACCCGAUCCAUCCACUGCAGCGGAGGGUGACGACGUGCGGGGAGAAGAUGUUCUACUGGAGGGCGAGGAGGACGUUCAAGCUGGAGGAUGGGGCCCUCAAGGGUCUUGUGUGGAGGACAACGGAGCGGAGGCACUGGGGAAACUGCAGCAGCUACCGGGAGAUCCGGCGUGUUGCGAGGGAGGUGCAUGAGCUUUAG